AUGGGUGCUUAUGACACCUCGGAACGAGAUCUGAGCUUCCGGCUCGUCUUGGAGUACUUUGACGAUCUCCGACUGCUUUUUAAUGCUAAAUGCUCCGGAUUGGAGGCGUGGCAGGUCAGAUUAUCUCCCUUCUUUCUGCCAUUCUCUCUUUAUUUUCAGAUUGUUUCCUAUGCCAUUUCUCUGUGCUUUUUCGUCGCGUGGGUCCGCAGAAUGACAAAAUCGAACGAGCCGCCAUUGGUGCAAAUCAAGUGAGCUUCCACCGUUCACAGUUUUUCGAUAAACGUGAAUUUCAGAAAAUCUUUGUUCGCACUUCUUCGUUCGCUCCCGUGGGUUCGUCGUAGAAUUGAAGCGGAUUUGGCGAAAGCACAGAUAGAAAUCGAGGAGGAAGUCCAUCAGUUCGAUCAUGUAAUUGCAGAUUUCGGUGUUCAAAAAGAACUGAAAGCUUUUAGAUGCGUGAAUUCUACAAGUUCCUUCCGGAACGAUGCAUGGAUUCGGAGGAGAUCCUCGCCGACGGACGAAGAUACGCAAUGAUGGGCGAGAGACGCUACAUGCAGCAUUACGACCCGCAGACUAGAGAGGAAGACAUGAAGCUGUCCGCCAAGUUGUUCGAUCUCUUCUCUCACUCUGACCCGCACCGAUCGGACGCUUUCCCCGGAGUUCGCAAAAUGGAAGCCGAGAUUCUGAAAAUGACGUGCGCGAUGUUCCACGGAGGAAAAGAUGCGUGUGGAGUAGUCGCCGGCGGAGGAACCGAAGCAUUGAUGCUCGCCUGUCUCGCCUACCGUAACCGAAGCAGAGCACGUGGAGAAUGGAGGGCUGAAAUUGUGGCUCCGUCGACGGCGCACCCCGCAUUGGACAAGGCGGCCGCCUUUUUCGACAUGACCAUCAGAAGAAUCCCGGUAUCCGAGACCGAUGAUCGCGCGAAUGUGGGGGCUAUGAAACGAGCCAUCGGACCGAGAACGUGCAUGGUAACGUCGAGUUUCUUGCAGACACACUAAGCUUCUUUUUUUCAGAUCAUUGCGAGUGCUCCGAAUCACAUCACGGGAACUGUAGAUCCGAUUGAGAAACUCGCCAAGCUUGCCCAACGUUACCACAUCCCACUCCACGUGGAUUGCACGCUCGGAGGCUUCGUACUCCCUUUCAUGGAGCACGCCGACUACUCUGUUCCCGCCUAUGAUUUCCGUCUUCCUGGAGUAACCUCGAUCUCUGCCGACCUUCACAGAGUAAGAAAUAAUCUGCUUCUUGCACACCUCAUCUUUUCUUUUCAGUACGGACAGUGUCCCGGUCGUCUCUCCGUUCUCAUGUACCGCGAGCCCGUUUUCCUCCGUCAUCAGUUCUUUACCAAUUCCGAAUGGUCAGGAGGUGUCUACGCAACGCCAACAAUGUCCGGUGGAAGAGACGGAGGGGCGGUGGCGACUGCGUGGGCAAUCAUGCUCCGAAAAGGAAGAGAUGGCUACAUCAACGCAUGCCAGAGAAUUGUGGAAGGCACCCGGCAGUUGGCGUACAGAUUGGAAGGGCUCGACGGAGUUGCACUCAGAGGAUCCGCCGAUCUUUGUGUCGUAGCAUUUGCCACAAACGAAGUGAACGUGUACAACGUGGUUGAUCAAAUGGUCAUCAAGGGCUGGCACGUGGAUCCUCUGCUCGCACCCGUCGCCGCUCGUGUUCCGAUCAGUUUGUCGAUGUGCGAGGAAGGAGUCAUCGAUCAUUUCAUUGACGAUCUCGAAGAAGCCAUCCGAUCACUCCGGUAACAUACGAUUCGAAUCGAGUGAAUCAACUACAGAUUACAGAGAUAGUGAGAAACUCGGAACGACUGCCUCCUUCUAUCAAAUGCUCCAGAAAGUGUCAGAUAAGAGCCUUGUCGACGAGCUCUCCCUCCUCCGUCUCGCCGCUCACUACAGUAUUCCUCCGCCGGCAGAAAGAAGAAGUUUGCGGUACUUGGACACCACGAUAAAUUAACUUUUUAAUGUCAAAUAAUUACAGAACUCUCUCCGUGGAAGGUCGUAAACUGAGCAUGCUCGGCACCGGAGAUAUGGCCAAGAAACUCGAAGAGCUUCGUCGAGGAUACCAGAGAGACAAGGAAGCGAAGAAAGAGGAUGCAAAGAGUGACGACUGA